AUCAGACUACAAAACGAAAGUUUACGUUUAAAGUGCAGACAGAUGUGACGUUGCAUCUGUUACGUUAAAGUUCAAAGUGCCAUAAUAUGUCUUUCAUCGAAUUUUUAUUCAUUUUGAUAAUUCUCUACUAUGUCGUAUACGGUUUGCUCUGGAUAAUACUGGACUGCAAUGUGGCGCUAUGGUACAAAUCUCGUUUCGGAAACUCGAUAUCGACAAUGCGCGGACAGGUGGUUUGGAUAACAGGUGCCUCAAGCGGCAUCGGCCGCGCCUUGGCGAUUAGUUUGGCACGCCAUGGCGUACGCCUAGUGCUCAGUGCGCGCCGUCUGGAACAGCUGGAGCAGGUGCAAGCCGAAUGCUUGGCCGCGGCGCGAGGCCUAUUGGCUCAGAAGGAUGUGCUGAUUCUUCAAAUGGAUAUUUUGCAAUUAGAAAAGCAUCAAGCGCAUCUCUAUAGCGUGCUCAAUCAUUUUGAGCGACUCGAUGUUCUGGUGAACAAUGCGGGUCGCUCUCAGCGUGCCAACUGGGUAGAUAUUGAUAUCCAAGUGGAUCGUGAACUCUUCGAGCUAGACGUGUUUUCUGUGGUGCAUCUAUCCCGCUUGGUUGUGCGCUACUUUCUGGAACAGAACGGCGGACGAGGUCACAUUGUAGCCACUUCGAGCAUAGCUGGCUUCAGCCCGGUGCCCUUCUCCGCAACCUAUUGCGCCGCCAAACAUGCCCUCAAUGCCUAUUUGACUACACUGAAGUUGGAACAGCGCAAGUUGGAUGUAACCAUAUUUGCCCCUGGUCCCAUCGCCACAGACUUCCUGAUGGAGGCAUUCACGGCUACCAAGGGUGGCAAGGUGGGCGAUAGCACUGCCAAUCAGAAGCGCCUAACAGCGGAGCGCUGUGGAGAGCUCUUUGCGGUGGCCAUCGCCAACAAAAUGGAUCUAUCUUGGUGUGGUCUGUUCCCGGUAAAUGCGAUGGCCUAUUGCGGUCGCAGUGUCACGCUUACCAAGAUUUUGGCCCAAUUCAUGACCGAGAAGACCUUGAUGAAAAUUCGAGACGGCAAACUAUGAGAUUAUUCAGAUCGUAUUUUGAUAAGAAACCAUUUCUUAUAGUACA